AUGUCGGAGGCGCAACCCCCCUUGAUUCUAUGCAUGGAGAAUGCGACAGGCGAAGAGGUUGCCCUCAGAAUAGAACCGGACGAUAACUUUCAAAUGUUUCUGGACAAAGCCAAGGCGCUACUAGGUUUCGACGUGGACUUAAACUCCAUAACAAGAAACCAACCCGUCUCAUUAUCAGAAAACGUCUAUCAGUUCCUAAUAAAUGCCGAACAAAACUUACAAACAGAUGACCUUACACAAAACUUUGAUCCAAUGUUGGAUCCAAAUGAUGGCGCCAACGAUUUGGUUUACAUUUUGGACGAUGGGACUCAGAUAAGAGCAUCUCAAAUACAUUUUGACAAUGAUGACCCGCUAAUAGAUUUGACUGCUGAAAAAAUCCCUUUUGUGAAGUACGCGGAUGACGUCACUGAUGAUAUAGACCUAGAAAAUGUUCAUAUACAAGAGACUAAGAAGAUAAACAUUGUAGAAAGCCCAGUAUCCCGUUGGUCCAGUAAAAAUUCUAGUCCAAAGUGCAGUUUUAUAAAUUCGUUACCGUUCAAAUUAGUCUGCAAUAACACUUCGGGUUUUGAAGCGCAGUUUACAAAAUAUCUGGAAGCGAAUGCAUCAAAAACUUACGCUACUCUUAACCCUGUGACGAUCAGGAAUAAAUCCCCAAAAAGUCUCAUCAAAGAUAAUUUCAAAAACUACGACGAGAGUUAUCAAAGGAAUGAUAAUCUUUCGUACACUAGAGAAGAAAUUCUGAACAUGUUCAAAGAUUCCCCUAUGACUUCUUUGCCCUACGAUCAGGGGUAUAGCGAGAGGAGACAUGUUAGAAAGACAGACCCUUCGAGAUUAGUCCACAAGAAUUGGACGAAACCCAUCUCCUAUGUAGAUAUUGAUGGAGUUCUUAUAGGCGAAAGUGAGAGCCAGAUCUGCUUCAUAUGCGGCAAACACGUUGAUAAUAACGUGGAUAAACUGUAUCUCUUUGAUAACGAGGAUCAGAGGCUACAUCGGUGUUCCCCACAGAAAAAAAUGUCGACCCAACUCAAAAUUAUUUGCGAGUGUUGCCUCAAUGAAAAUUUUAAGCCGUGUCGAAUGAAAAGUGCUAAUCAAUUUCUGAAUCCUGACGAGUUUUUGGUCAUACGUAAUAAUCAACAAUACAUAUUUCAGAAGGUUAAAAAUUUUAGUUUUACGCAUCUAGGGAAAACUAAGGAAAUCAUAAACAAGAUAGAGACGAAAAUAGACAAAGAAGAAUUCGUUAAAGUCGAAAUAGGUUCUGACGGGGAGAUUAUAACGAAACCCAUAGACAAUGAUCCGAGGUCCGAUGACGUCAUAAUUGUUAAAGAUGAGAAGAAGGAGGGUAGUUCGAGCGACGUAGAGAUUAUAGAGCCGGAGCCGGAAAUAGAUAAUAUCAUAGACAAUUUGGAGGAAGCUGAUGAGGAUGUUAAGGAGUUUUUGGGAAAAUAUCAGUGUGAUAACAGUGAAAUUACGGAGUUGAAGUGCAGGUUUUGCGAGCAAAUAUUCCCUGAACUUUCAGGCGUGACGGAGCACUGCGAGACACAUAAACAUGAUCUGGAAGAUGGGGAGGUGUUCCCAUGUCCCCUAUGUAAUUAUGGCUAUGCGAAUCUGAAAUGGCUGAAAGCACAUUUAAUAGCGGCACACGAGAAAUCUGAAACUAAGAAACCUUCAAAAGAUGAAGCUGAAAGUAAAGCAGGCGAUGUUGACAAAGACCUAAUAGUUACCGAGCCAGAGACGGGAACUCCAUCAUCGCCCGUAGCGACUCGCACACGCAGCUCAAACAAAAAGGAUGGAGACAGAAAAGACGGAACCUACCACAAAUGCAGAGCCACCCAUCAUAAAGACGGAGGUUAA